UCUGUAUUUCGGGUUUUUUUUGUGUGUGUGUGUUUUUUAAUAGUUACAUUUCAAUUUCCUCACAACAGUUUGUGAAAUUUUUGUAUUGGCGUAGUACAUUUUCAUCAGUAGAAUUGAAUUAAAAUAAUGAAAGCGGCAGCGGCAAAUAUGCCUACCAGCUAGAUCUUGGUAGCUUCUUUGUGGAUUCACACCUGUCACAUCUGCAUACAAGUAAGGUUUAAACAUUUUAGGUGUGACCCAUGGCUGACGCUCAAGGACGCAAGAAGGUGUUUGCAGUGGGUUUGAUUGCCGGAAUUUGCAGUUUGAUUUUACUUAUGUUUGCAUUGGAAAUUAUUCCGCCAAUCCCAAUGCUGACUCCAACACCACAAAAACAAUAUUAUAAUGGGACCAAACCUAAAGUCAUUUUAUUUUGGACUAAAUUUUUCGGAUUAAAUCAUUGGGGGUUUGACCCAUUGGGAACUGUGCCGUUCGAACGUUUAAAAGACUGUCCAGUAGUUUGCGAAAUGACGGAUCAAAGAUCUCGCUUAAAAGAGGCUGAUGUCAUUGCGUUCCAUGCUUUAGAAUUGGGAGACAGGCCCCAGUUUAAACUUCCAAACCAGAGGUGGCUUCUGAAUAUGAUGGAAAGCCCUUGCUAUUACGAUUUGAAACAUUUAAAGAACUGGAAAGGAGUUUUUAACUGGACGAUGACGUAUAGGGCAGAUUCUGAUUUCAUAGCAAAUUAUAGUGAAUUGAAACCGAUGACAACAACAAAGAAAAGAAACUAUUCCGCUAUUAUGAGUCUAAAAAGUAAGAAAGUGGCUUGGUUUGUAAGUAAUUGUAACACUCCAGGAAAGAGAGAGAAGUAUGUGAAGGAACUACAACGAUACAUACCUGUAGACAUAUAUGGCGCCUGCGGUCCAAUGAAGUGCCCCGCCCAUACGCCAUGUGAAAAACAUAUCUAUGAAACUUAUAAAUUCUAUCUCUCAUUCGAGAAUAGUCUGGCGAAUUAUUACAUCACAGAGAAGUAUUUUAAGACUCUAAAACACGACAUUGUAAGUGUUGUUCGAAGUGGGGUCAACUACUCAUUUUAUGGUAUAAAACCUGACUGGUUUAUAGACGCAAGGAAGUUCAAAACACCGAAGGAUCUUGCUAAUUUUUUAAUAGAAAUAGACAAAGAUGAUAGCAGAUACAUUCGAUAUUUGCGCAGCAAGGAGAACGUCACAUCCGUCGACGAAUAUUAUGAAUGGUGCAACGUCUGUAAGAGUAUUAAUAAUGAUACCGAUUCGAGAACAUAUUAUGAUGAUAUUCUACAAUGGUGGCAACAGAAUCCGUGCAUCCCACCGUAGAUCUCAUAAUAUUUUUAAUGCAUUUUCCACUGAUAAACCGUCAAAUUUUAAUUUUUUUUAUUUAUUUUAUUUAUUUUUUUGUAAUUUUGUGUUGCAGCUAUAAAAUAUAUUGUUUUGUUAUAGUCAUUAGAAAGAAUAAUUUCUAGCGAUGUAUAAAUGUAAAAGGAUGAAUGGAAAGAAAACACAAGUUAUUCUGGGAUUAUGAUAAAAUUUAAUCUAAUCAUAAUAUAGCUUUAUGAACCAAUACAUUCACUUGAGAGUUCAACCUCCUUGGAGACGGCGUACUAAUUGUAGUAUGAGACAAACCAUU